CCACCUCAACUUUUGCAUCAUUUUUUUUUCUAUAUUCCACUUUUGUUCUCACCCCUUUGUGAUUUAGCCCAUUUCUCCCCUUUUGGAUUUCCUAGAGCAAGUAGCAUGUAGUGUUUUGAUUUGAAUUGACUUUAUUUGAUUUGAUUUUCUGCUGCUGUUUGGGACUAGUUGCCUCUGACAUGAGCUUCCAGACAUUUCCUCCGUUCAUGAUUAGAACGUCAGUAGCUGAAUAACACUUUACUUCAUCAUACAGUCUUAGAUGAAGGAGCGAUACUGACAGAGGCCAAUUUGAUCCAGAUUUUUUAACAUUUUUGUGAGAGUGCAUGUGAUGGAGUCAAAUUGAGUCCUGUGCUCACACGAAAAGCCCUUUUUUCUUCAAGAGGCAUUUCUCUCGUUAAAGCUGUUUUCAGACAUGGACAUGUUGUGUAGUUGGUGUUUGUCCUGUGAAGCAGCAGCAGCAGGUUGUCGGGUCCGACUCACAACAACAACAGGAACUUGUGGAGAACGUUCAGGCGAGAGAAAGAUCGAGAAAGAUCGGUGUUGUUGUUUACAGCUCGUCCACACCGGCGUCGGCCCUUAUCACCGAAAGCUCUGGAACCUCCUCGUCUUCCCAAGUUGACGUCUUAGUCGGCGUCUUCCUCUAGCCUGAGAUAUUUGUGUUUUUACAGUUUCACGUCCGUCACGUGUUAGAAACGUCAUCAACUCGCUCGCUGUGAGUUUUCCAGACAUUUUCCUGCUGUUUUCUCACGUUUUCGGGACAUUUUACCACGGGGGGGGGGCCUUCAGGACAUUUUUCAGCCCCUCCGCAAAAUGUCAGGUCUGAAAGCAGCUUACGAUCCCUUAAAUCAGCAUGGCUUCUGAAAACCACCAAUUACUAACUUACUCACUAUUCUAGAAUAUUUUUGAUUUGGAAAAGAGACUCUGGAGGAAUUUUUAUCAAAGCCAUCAAAUUUUUUUUUUUUUCCCACUUGCUUUUUUCACAUCCAUUUUCAGUUAAAUGGAACUUCUUUUUUUAAUUUAAAAUAAAACCCCGAACCCUCUACACACAGCUGCACACAUGUGGGACACCUGCCCACUGCCGAGCUGCUCAGUCGGUCACAAGUCUUUUUCCAUAGAGCGGCAGCUGCAGCGUCUGUCACAGUUCAAGCACAAACAUUCACUCACGUCACUGAUCUGCUGUAAAACCCAAAUAAAACUGUGAACAUCUUUAUAUCCGUCACUGCACGGCCCAGAUGAGGCAGCGGACAGGAGAAGGGGCUACGAUAAAAUGUAAUAAUGUAAAUAUACUGUCAUUGAAUUCCACACUACAAUGAAAACAUUCCUUUUAAUAUAAGAUCUGUAGCACAUAGAGUCCCAAGCAGAUUUUACAUUAUAAUACAACCCAUUAUAACAAUAAUAUACAAAGGUCCUGCAAGAGAAACCACCUGUGUGAAGCUUAUAUUGUUCUGUCUGUCCAUCUUUCACCUCCAGGAAGUUGCCAAAAUAAAACAACGACUGCAUAGUCAGCAAGGUUAAUGUCAAAGGCUUAUACAUCUUGUCAAAUAGCAUUUAAACAAAAAGUGCAGCUUUAUGAAGAAUCCAAAUUCAAGUGAAAAGUUCAUUAUGAUUUUAGUUUUGGGAAAUAUUCAUCGUAUUUGGCAGAUUUUCUUGAGUGAAGCUAAUUUCACAGUGAACUCAAAUUCAGAGGACGUCAUGAAAACCCUUGUUCUGUUCAGCUCAAUGAAAUAAAAUACAAUCCUCACGGAGCAAAGUCCCAGUAUGUUUACCUCCUUUAAAAUGAAACGUCAAAGACACGGGGAAAUCAAACCCUCCAGAUUUGUGCCAUGUCACAAAUUUAGUAGUUUCAGACUCUAAAAUACAAAAAUUCCAACGCUGUCUAACUUGAGUUUCAACACAGACGUAUAAACAUUUGCUAAGCGAGUCUGUGAUGGUCAAUCCCCCCCCACACACACAUCCCCGGUGUUGUAGACAAUCUGUCAACUUGCCAAGCAACAGAAAACAUGCCGGCCAAGUCGUGUAGAGCAGAGUAUUAAGCUUUGGCCAGAAAUCCUGCUGCAAACCAUGUAAUCCCCUGUGAGCAGCGACAGGCCGGCGAGGAGGAGGCCGCAGCUCGGUCACCGUUUAGCAGCAGCUGGCGGCGGCGGCGAGGUUUUGGCGAGAGCUGAGAUGUGGCUUCAUAACGGCUGAAGUGGUUUUUAUUUUUAAUUUUUUUAUGGGCCACUCAAUUUUUUAAAACCUUGUGAAUCCCGUCUUGGGUUCCAUCAGAAAUCCAAGCAACCCCCCCAAAGCUAACGUCUGGAGGUGUAGUAGACGUCUCCACAGUCACUGACUCUGUCUCAUAGUCCCUCGACGACCUUCUUCUCUCCAGCAGAGUCAGGCAGGCCGACCUCCUCCGACCCCUGACGAUGGAUUGCUCGUCGUCCUCCACCUCCAGCUCGAUGGCCAGCAGCAACGUGACCAACAAGACCGACCCCCGCUCCCUCAACUCCCGCGUCUUCAUCGGCAACCUCAACACGCUGCUGGUCACCAAGGAAGACGUGGAGGCCAUCUUCUCCAAGUACGGCAAGAUCGUCGGCUGCUCCGUGCACAAGGGCUACGCCUUCGUCCAGUACUCCAACGAGAGGAACGCCCGCACCGCCGUGGUCAGCGAGGACGGACGCAUGAUUGUGGGACAGGUCCUAGACAUCAACCUGGCAGGCGAGCCGAAGCCGCACAGAUCGAAGACGGUGAAGCGUUCUGCGGGAGACAUGUACAGCUCAUCUUUUGAAUUGGACUACGACUUUCAGAGAGAUUACUACGACCGGAUGUACUCCUACCAGUCCCGGGUGCCUCCUCCCCCACCGCCCCUGUCCCGCGCCGUCAUCCCCUCAAAGCGUCCCAGGGUCAGUCUGAGUGGAGGAGGAAGCCGACGAACCAAAACCAGCUUCUCGUCCUCGUCCAAAACCAGCCAGAGGACGUCACGUACAAGUCAGUCCAACACUGUCACUGUCCCGCUGAGUCCCAUCACCCAGGAGUCUCGUGACUUUCCUUCUGUUCCUGUCUCCGCAGUGAGGGCAGACGAUCUGCAGACCAUCAAGAGGGAGCUGACGCAGAUCAAACUCAAAGUGGACUACCUGCUGGAGAGCUUAGAGCACAUGGAGAAGGACCACAGCAAGAAGUCUGAGAUGAAGAGCUGCAAACCAGAGCCCGGCGAAGUGUCCCCGCUCCACUCGUCCACCUCCAGCAAGAAGGACGACAGGAUGAAACGGGACAGAGACAUGAACGACUCCGAGGAGGAGGGAGACCUGCUGGAUGACGAAGAUGAGAUGAAAAGCAGAGGAAGAGACGACGAUGAGGAGGAGGAGGAGGAGGAGGAGGGCGAGCAGGAGGAAGGAGAGGACGACGGCGACAGCGCCAACGGAGACGAGCUCUAAACUCAACAGACACACGUGCACAAAACCGCUGUGAUCGUGUUUCCACACCAGACACGGUGUCACGUGCUCAUAUCUGCUGACUGGACAUUAGUACAUUUGUAUUCCUCUCUGUCGCACAGACACACAAACUCAUUCUCACUGUGUGUCCAUUGCUUCUUUCUGGAGUUCUUCAUUUUUAUUUUUAAUGUUUCUUUGAAUUUCACAGACCUUUUCUGACACUGGAUAAAACAUCACGUUGAGACAGGAUGCUCGUUCGUUUGAGGGUAAAUGUAAAUGUGUUGCACGUUCGAACUCGGGGCCGCGAGCUGUUUCAGUAUAAAAACAACAGAGAGCCUUCGGCAGUUAUUGAUUUUUAGAUUAACGUGUUGAGUUGUUGCCAAAUUUGAACAAAUGGCCACUAAAAAGUGGCUGACAUUUGAAAUGAAUCGGUAAGAAAUAUCCUGAGGUGCAAAGUUUAGAAUUUAAGACAAAUAACCAGAUGUGGUAGAAAAGCCCAGGCUUCAUUUUGAUUUGUUAUUAUCCUCGAUCCAGCUGCUGCACCGCUGCUUCCUCACCAGCAGAUGACAGUGUGUCACAACAAGGACUAAACAUCUGUUGUGUCUCAUCUUCACCUUCUGCUCGUCAGAUAACAUCCGCGUGUGAACAGAUACUUUAACACGAGACUGUGAAAACGCUCGGACACAAAUCUCUUUGCUCAGAAACUAUUCGUCUGUGUUGUCGAGGUGUUGCGACCUCAGUCGACCUUCACUUGUGUGAUGCAGUGCUACUCCAUGUUUGUUUCUGUUUGUCACUUCAGCUGCAGGUGAGAGUCAAAUUAAUGUGUUUUCCAAGUUGGACCGUAUAUGAGAUUUGGGAAGAACCCACGUGGAUGUGUUCACCUCAUUGUACUGUAUAACGAUAAAAUAAAAAGUUUAUAAAAAGGUU